AUGGCAGUGAAGCGAGUUCGUGUUGUCCGACUGGCACACGUCGUAUACCAGCAUCCAGAUCUGGAAAGAGCACUCUCGUUCCUCUUCGACUUUGGUUUUGUGGAGGAGCACCGAACGGCCGACCGUGUGUACCUUCGCGGAUAUGGGACGCAGCCAUUCGUCUAUGUCGCCGAAAUAUCACCAGACAAUAAGAGACAUUUCCUCGGGGCCUACUGGGUGGUUGACAGCUUGCAGGAUCUGGACGCAGCCGCUGCCCGUCCUGGCGCCUCUCCUAUCCAGGACAGUGAUGCGCCCGGAGGUGGAAAGGUAGUCACGGUCGAGGAUCCCAAUGGCUUCAAGGUCGGCUUUUUCUACGGACAGAAAUUGAGAGAGAGCAGCGAAGGCCCUGCACCUCCUCUGGAGAACACCGCACCAAUCCCAAACACAGCCCUCCAGAAACCCAGAAAGGGUACAUUUCGACGAUUCAAGCCGGGUGCGUCCCCAGUGCACAAGCUGGGGCACUAUGGGUUCAUUGUGCCCGGGAGCAAAUUCGAGAGCACGCUCUCAUUUUACACGGACCUGAUUAACCUGAAGCCGAGCGACGCCGUCUUCGAUCCAGUGACGGGCAAAGAUCAGUCGUGCUUUUGCCACAUAGACCUGGGACCGGAAUAUACAGAUCACCAUAGUUUCUUCGUUGCGGCUGGUGAGGAGGGCCGCCCUGCGUUCGUCCAUCAUUCGAGUUUUGAAGUCAAUGAUUUCGACACACAGACCCUUGGCCACGAUUGGCUCCGAUCCAAGGGCUGGACGAAUUGCUGGGGCAUCGGCCGGCAUGUUCUUGGGAGUCAGAUCUUCGACUACUGGUUCGACGGCUCUGGAAACAUCGUGGAACACUAUUCGGACGGAGAUCUGGUGAAUGAAGACACGCCCUUCGGGAGGGAGGCCGCUGCGCCAGACACACUACACAUCUGGGGUCCCAAUAUCCCUCUGGCGUUCCUGUCGGGCAAAAUCGAAGACAUUGGCAAGGAGAUGCCUGUGCCCCCGGAUGCGCUAGAGGCGAAGCCAGCGCAGUAUAACGUCCCUCUGGUGGCGGCUUGA